AUGUUUAUAAAUUCCUUAUAUAAAGUUCUUUAAAUCAUUUCUUGCUCAUAGAGGUUUAAUUCUGAAAUUCACAUUAUAAUCUAAAGAAAGGACUUUGUGUUGGUUGAAAUAUAAUUAUAUAUUAAUUAUAAUUAUAAGAUAGUUUUAAAGGCGGUCCACAAUAAUAAAUGAUACCGAAUAAGAAUAAAUACAUAAGCGCAGAUUUUUCAGGUUUUUAGAAAAGCUUAUUUAAGGUUCUCUUUAACAACAUGAUAAUCUUUGCUAAUUUCUAAAUCUUAAAGAUUACUCAAAAUUCUCAAAAUCAGAAAUGGAAAAAGUAAGAUUAAUGAUAUUUUAGAAAUAAAAAUUAAUAUGGCAAGAGAUAGCCUAAGAUUGGCAAAAGUAUUAAAGAGACGUUAAAGUUAUUUAAUUAGCAGAAUUUGGAAUACCUUAUAGUGCCAGAAGAUUUAUUUGGCCUUUGAUUGUUGGUAAUAAACAUUAGAUAACUUUGGAAUUAUUUGAAAUAUUAUCAGAAUAAGCAUAAAACAUAAUUAUUGAUGCCAAAUAUAAUUAUGGAAGGAUAAGCUCAAUGAAGUUGAUCCAGAAAGAUUUAGGGAGAACUUUUGAUGUUCCAAGUAUGAAUUGGUUAACAUAGGUCUUCGAAACAUUUUUUAAUCAGGAGGACCACUAAGUGGAAGUUUACAAUUAAUAUUGGAGACAUUUUGUGUUUAUCGACCAGAUAUCGGUUAUAUCUAAGGGAUGACUUAUAUAGCCUCUAUACUUUUGACUUAUUUAGAUGACUAUCAAACGUUUAUAAUUUUUAGCAGUCUCAUAACACAUCCAUAAUUGCUUCCCAUAUAUUUAGUUGAUUAUAAUUUGCUUCAGGUGAUCUUUUAAUAAUUUUAAAAAUUGAUAAAAAUCAACAUCCCUAAAACAUAUCUACUACUAAAAUAAUAUAAUAUCGAUUGUUCAAAUUAUUUACUAGAAUGGGCUAUUACACUGUAUGCAAAAACUUUAAAUCCUGAUAUAGUUGGAAGAAUUUGGGAUAGGAUGUUUUUUAGCGGAACAAAUGUAUUAUGGAAGACUGGUAUUGCAAUACUAAAGUUGUUGUCAUCAAAAUUUAAAGAUUUAGAAACUACAGUUCAGCUGUUGAAACAUCCUUAAUUGAAUGAAGAUGAGUUAUUAUAUGAGAUAAGCUUGGUAGAAUAUCCAUAGGAUGUUUCAGAAAUUUUAUCAAACUUAUAACUAUGA